AUGCAGUUGUGAAAACCAAGCCGAUUCCGCAUGUCUCAUUUUGCCCUCAAACAUGCACCGAACGCCCUGGACAUCGUCUGGAUCCCUUACAUCUGAUCGUAUACCAGCGCGACCCCUCCCUGCAAAGCAACAAGCAAAAGGAAGGGGGCAAGGGCCUCCCAAAAGCAAGGCCGUCUUAGCACUCGAAACGCGCCUUCACAACGUAGAAUACGUUUCUGGGAAGGAGAAAGACCCCAAAGGCGGUUGUUUCUGUUUAGGUACGUAUCCGAUCGCUCUUCUUACCACUGCCGGGACAAUACUCAGUGUGUCUGUGUGUGCGGGCCGCCAACUGUCCAGCCAGGGAACACGAUCUAUCUACCUACGUUCCCCUUUGCUAUGGCUGCGGCCUCGUUCUUUGCAAUCUCAACUUACCGCACUAUGCCUGCCCACAUUGUGGCGAGUCGUUCCUUGACAAUAGCCGUCGCCCGGCGUUAGUCGGCCAGAUACAAGAGGAGCUUGUGUAUGCAAGUCCGUGAAAGAGGACGAGGAACGGCAACGAGCUAUCGUGGAGGCUCGCAAGGCAGAGGGCGCAUUCCCCAUGCUUCCCGGUGCCGCCGGCGGUACACAGGGAGCAUGCAAGGGCACGGCUGCCGGUCCC